AUGGAGUCGAGUAACGAUGAUGUCGGCGUGUCAGCUGAAAAUAAUAUUACUCUAAGUUUUUCUCGUGCAAAUUCACUUAAAAAACAACAUGUUCAUUGGCUUGAUGGAUCAACAACAUCAAAAACACAUGAUUGCCAUUUAAUUAAACAUCAACAAUUUGCACUACAAAAACACUCAUUUUCUGGAGAGAAUAUUUUUAAUCCUACAAUGCUUACUGAAUCGCCAUUAGCUCAUCGUAAUCGUACUGUUAUAUCGACUUCAUCGUCAGCUCUUUCUCAUUUUAUUCCAACAGUUAUUUUUCCAGCUGGCUCUGCAGUUGGUAGUACUGGUACAAGUCAAUUAUUAGCACCAUCUAAAGAAUUUACAUCUAUUUCAGCUAAUCACAAUAUUAUCGUGUAG